CUCCAGGGAGCAUAAAGAUGCAGAAGGGAGUUUGGCUGCUGAGCGUGUUCACAGUAGCUGGGAUCGCGCCGACAGAGAGCCGCAAGCCUGCCAAAGACAUUUGCAGCAAGAGUCGUUGCCCUUGCGAGGAGAAGGAGAAUGUGCUGAAUAUUAAUUGUGAAAACAAGGGAUUUACAACUGUUGGCCUCCUCCUGCCUCCGCCGUCCAAGAUCUAUCAACUCUUUCUCAACGGGAAUGCCUUCGCCCGUCUGUACCCCAACGAAUUUGUCAACUAUUCCAAUGCCGUGACGCUCCACUUGGGCUACAACGACAUGGAAGAGAUCCAGACUGGGGCCUUUUUGGGCCUUCGGAUUCUCAAGAGGCUCCACCUCAACAACAAUAAGCUGGAGGUCUUACGGGAGGACACCUUCCUAGGCUUAGAGAGUCUGGAGUACCUCCAGGCUGACUACAACUACAUCACUGCUAUCGAGGCCGGAGCCUUCAGCAAACUCAACAAGCUGAAAGUGUUGAUCCUCAAUGACAACCUAUUGUUAUCACUUCCAAGCAAUGUGUUUCGCUUUGUCCUGCUGACCCACCUGGACCUCAGAGGUAACCGGCUGAAAAUGAUGCCCUUUGCUGGAGUCUUGGAGCACAUUGGAGGCAUCAUGGAAAUUCAACUGGAGGAGAAUCCAUGGAACUGUACCUGUGACCUUCUGCCUCUCAAAGCAUGGCUAGACACCAUCACUGUCUUUGUUGGGGAGAUUGUAUGCGAGACCCCUUUCAGGCUGCAUGGCAAAGAUGUCACCCAACUCACGAGGCAGGAUCUCUGCCCUCGAAAAAGUGCAGGCGAUUCUAACCCAAGGGAGAAGCAUCCUUCCCAUUCGGACACACACAUCCAGAGACUUCCCCCAACAGCUAAUUCUGCUGUUGGUGCCACCAGGGCUCCCAAAGCCAGCCGCCCACCCAAAACAAGGAGCCGUCCAACCCCACGGGUCACGGUGUCUAAAGACAGGCAGAUUUUUGGGCCCAUCAUGGUUUAUCAGACCAAAUCCCCUGUCCCACUGACUUGCCCAAGUAUUUGUGCUUGCACUUCACAAAGUUCUGACAAUGGGUUGAAUAUCAACUGCCAGGAGAAAAGAAUUGGCAACAUCUCCGAUCUCCACCCCAAGCCCACCAGUCCAAAGAAACUCUAUUUGACAAGCAAUUACCUGCAAACUAUCUAUAAAACUGAUCUCCUGGAAUACCCAUCAUUGGACUUGUUGCAUUUGGGAAACAACAGGAUUGCUGUGAUCCAAGAAGGUGCCUUCUCUAACCUGACCAGCUUACGUCGACUUUAUCUCAAUGGUAACUAUCUUGAGAUCUUGUAUCCUUCCAUGUUUGAAGGGCUCCUCAGCUUACAGUACCUCUAUUUAGAGUAUAAUGUGAUUAAAGAGAUCCUGCCACACACCUUUGAUGCAUUGGGUAAUCUUCACCUGUUAUUUUUGAACAACAAUCUUCUGAGAUCUCUGCCUGACAAUGUCUUUGGGGGCACCACCCUAACUAGACUCAACCUGAGAAACAACCAUUUCUCAUAUUUGCCCGUGCAAGGUGUCCUCGGCCAGCUUUCAGCCCUAAUUCAAAUUGACCUCCAGGAAAAUCCUUGGGAUUGUACUUGUGAUAUCAUGGGACUGAGAUACUGGAUAGAACAAGUCACCGAGCAAAACAAUCAGCAGUCAGGAGGUCCGGUGGUAAUUAAUGAAGUGAUCUGUGAUUCUCCUGCCAAGCAUGCUGGAGAACAUCUCAAGACCUUAAGCAAAGAUGCCAUCUGCCCUGAGAAUCCCAAUCUGUUAGAUUCUUCUCUCUUGUCACUCAAUCUGAAUACAGAUAUGCCACCAGCCUUCAGCAUCUUCCCCAGCGCCUUUCCAGAAAUGCGGACUGAAGUCCCGCUCUCUGUCUUAAUUUUGGGCCUCCUGGUUGUGUUUAUUCUGUCUGUCUGUUUUGGGGCUGGGCUGUUUGUCUUUGUUCUCAAACGCCGGAAGGGCAUGCCGAGCGUGCCCAGCAGUGCCAACAAUCUUGACGUCAGUUCCUUCCAACUGCAGUACGGGUGCUACAACAGCGAAGCCCAGGAUAAAGCCGAAGGGCAUGUAUAUAAUUACAUCCCUCCUCCUGUUGGCCAGAUGUGCCAGAAUCCUAUCUACAUGCAGAAGGAAGGAGAUCCAGUAGCUUACUACCGGAAUCUCCAGGAGCUUAGCUACAGUAAUCUUGAGCCGAAGAAAGAUGAUUCAACUGGCUUUGCGUUUACAAUCACAGCAGCAGACAUGCUUGAGAAACAGCCGUUUUCAAGGGAGCCUGAACUAUUGUAUCAAAACCUUGUGGAGAGAGUGAAGGAACUGCCCAGCGGAAGCAUGGUCCAAUACAAUUUUUGCACCCUCCCCAAAAGGCAGUUUACCCCUUCCUAUGAGUCCAGGCGACAAAACCAGGACAGGAUAAAUAAAACAGUUUUGUACGGGACUCCGCGGAAGUAUUUUACAGAACUAUCUAAACCUGAGCAUCCUUUGCUGCAAGGAAAAUUGCAGGCCGAACCGGACUACCUCGAAGUUUUGGAAAAACAAACUGCCAUUAGUCAGCUGUGAAAUGGGGAGGGGGGAGGCCUGGGGGUGCAUUUGAUGGGUGGGGGAGAAGUCUUUAAAAAGAACAACCCAGUCCUGAACUUAAGACAUCAAAUGAAAUUGGUCACAGCAUAAGAAUAUUUUUUUUCCAUCAUCAAUGAGAACUUUCUCAUACCAUUUCAGGGUUUGGAUGGGUGCAUUCUACUAAAUUCCCUUUAAGUUAUUAUUAUAAUUAUUGCUAUUAUUAUUUUGCAUAUCUUCCUCCUUUCCCUUCCUCAUCCUUUUAAGAACUGAAUGAAUUUUUAUAUCAGACCAUUUGCAUCAAUUUAUUUCUGGGGGCCGGGAGACAGUAGAAAGACAUUGCAAAAAGGGUCUCCCCACACCCAUGCCCACAUUCACAGAACUAAAAUUGAAAAAUAAUGUCUCAAAUAGAUGAUCUGUCCUUUCUUCACUAGAUCAGGACAUUUCUUUCUCUUCCCCACCCCACCCUUUUUCAUUUUUAAUUUUUUUUGUAAAUAAAAACAUUGACAGUACAUCUUCUUCACUUGUCAAGUACAACCACUGGGCGUCCCCUCUGUAUGUGUGCGUUAAAGUGUCUUUGCACUUUAAAUACGUUAUCGCUUGUCAUGAUUUCAAGAUACUGUAUUUUAUUUUUAAAUUAGGGGAGAAAUGUAAAAUAGAUCUCAGCUCUGCUCUGUCAGAAGGGGUUAUUGCUUAAUUGACAAGCAAAAUCCCAUAUAAGAGAGUUUCUUUCUAAGACUUUUUAUGGACUGAACUGUAAAAUCUUUCUUUACCCCACUUUUUUUUUUUUCCUGGCCUCAUUUUACAUGAAUUUCGAAAUUGACUACAGUAAGAAUUUAGCAGUGGAUUGGGUAUCCAGCUGUCUCAGUUGGGAGUGAUAGUUCCUUAAUUAAAAAAAAAAAAAAAAUUAACACAAAAUCCAUACUGCCUGAUCAACAAGUAUCCCAUCUUUGUUACUCUGCAGUUCCUAACACUGUUGUAAUGUUCAUUGUUUUUCAGAUUAUUUGCCUAAUUAAGAGAACAUUACUUUACCUGUAAUAUAUUUUUUCUGCAUUAAAAUUAGAUAU